ACGAUCUGUUUAUCAAAAUUAAAACUAAAUUAAACGUAAACAAAAUAAUCAAAAUCAAUUAAUUGUAAAAAUUGAUUAAUUGUUAAAGAUAAUAUGGCUGCGAUUAGGACAUUUUUGUCAAUGGCAUCGAUAGUGGGAAUAACAAAUAUUUGUGAAUUAGAUAUAGUAUCCAGAAAAGAAUGGGGCGCGAGGGAACCAACCCAAGUAGAACCUAUCAAAGAGCAACUUUCUCAUGUUAUAAUUCACCAUUCAUAUAUUCCUGGAGCAUGUGGUGGGGCUGGUCAACCGGCUUGCGAUGGUGCUAUGAGGGCAAUGCAGGACUAUCAUCAAUUGGAACAUGGGUGGAAUGAUAUUGGUUACAGUUUUGCUGUUGGUGGAGAUGGAAAAAUAUAUGAAGGCCGAGGAUGGAAAGUUGUGGGUGCUCACGCUCCAGGAUACAAUUUCAAUAGUGUUGGAAUUUGCUUAAUUGGUGAUUGGCGAACUGAACUGCCUCCUGAAAAAAUGCUGAAAGCCACUAAGAGUCUAAUAGAAUGUGGAGUAAGAGAAGGACAUCUUAGAAAAAAUUACACGUUACUAGGCCAUUUACAGGUGAGAAAAACCGAAUGCCCAGGGCAAAGAUUAUAUGAAGAAAUAAAAAGUUGGCCAAAUUUUGAAGAAACUGAAAAGGAAAAAUAUAAGAAGAGGGCAGAAACCCAAUAGCUACUUUAGUAAUUA